CGCCUGGCGCAUGCGCCUCGCCCCCUCCGGCGCGGGGAGGGGGAUGCGGACGGGGGAAGAUGGCGGCCUCGAACAACCCGCGGAAAUUCAGCGAGAAGAUUGCGCUGCACAACCAGAAGCAGGCGGAGGAGACGGCGGCCUUCGAGGAGGUCAUGAAGGACCUGAGCCUGACCCGCGCCCACCGGUUACAGCUGCAGAAAACCCAAUAUUUGCAACUGGGACAGAGUCGUGGCCAGUACUACGGUGGGUCACUGCCAAAUGUGAAUCAGAUUGGAAACAGUGCCAUGGAUCUGCCCUUCCAGCACAACGGAGCUCUGGCAGAAGCCUUUGGAGCAGUUCCUGUCUCUUUGACUCCAUUUCAGUCAUCAGGAUUGGACACGAGCAGAACAACUCGGCAUCAUGGUCUGGUGGACAGAGUGUAUCGUGACAGAAACCGUCUUGGCUCCCCACAUCGACGCCCUCUCUCUGUGGAUAAACAUGGACGACAAGUGGACAGCUGUCCGUAUGGCACUGUGUAUCUGUCGCCUCCAUCAGACACAAGCUGGAGAAGGACAAACUCCGAUUCUGCCUUGCACCAGAGUACUAUGACUCCAGCUCAGCAAGAAUCCUUUUCAGGAGGGUCACAGGACAUGCAGCAGAAAAGAGUUUUAUUACUGACUGUCCCUGGAAUGGAGGAAACCACUUCUGAGGCAGACAAAACCCUCUCUAAGCAAGGAUGGGACACUAAAAAGACUGGGUCAUCAAGGCCUAAAUCAUGUGAAGUUCCAGGAAUCAACAUCUUUCCAUCAGCUGACCAGGAGAACACUACCACGCUGAUUCCUGCUACGCAUAACACAGGCGGCUCCCUGCCAGACCUGACGAACAUCCAUUUCCCUUCCCCUCUCCCAACACCGCUGGAUCCCGAGGAAUCCACAUUCCCAGCCCUGAGUAGCUCCAAUAGCACCGGAAAUCUUGCUGCCAACCUGACUCACUUGGGCAUCAGCACUGCCAGUCAGGGAAUGACCACGACGCCAGCCCCUUCCCAGCAGCACCGCCAGCCAGCCGUCAGCCCCCUCUCCUUGAGUGCAGACUCCAGACGACCACAGUCACAGCAGAUGUCUCCUACGCUUUCCCCUUUGUCACCAAUUACUCAGGCCGUGGCUAUGGAUGCAUUGUCUCUGGAGCAGCAGCUUCCCCCAUACCCAUUUUUUACCCAGACAACUUCCCAGCAACAGCAGCAGACCCAGGUGGCAAGUACCCUGCCUCAGAACACUCCUUUAAUGCAGACCUCUGGUUUACAGCGAGGAACACAGCUCCCCCCGCUCUCCGUCACGGUACCUUCUACCAUCCCACAGUCACCUCCGGGUAGCCAGACCCAGCCGUCGAUGGGAAUAGACAUCAACUCGGCUUCACUCCAGCAGUACCGCAGUAAUGCUGGAUCCCCAGCCAACCAGUCUCCCACCUCUCCUGUCUCCAAUCAAGGCUUCUCUCCUGGCAGCUCCCCUCAACAUUCUUCCAUUCUGGGGAGUGUAUUUGGUGACUCCUAUUAUGAUCAGCAGAUGACAGCUAGGCAGGCUAAUGCCCUAUCCCAUCAGCUUGAACAGUUUAAUAUGAUAGAAAACGCCAUUAGUUCCAACAGCCUGUACAGCCCUUGUUCCACCCUUAACUACUCCCAGGCAGCCAUGAUGGGACUUACCGGCAGUCAUGGCAGCUUGCAGGACUCGCAGCAGCUGAAUUACUCCAGCCAUGGAAACAUCCCCAACAUCAUUCUUACAGUGACAGGAGAAUCUCCUCCCAGCUUAUCAAAAGAACUGACCAGCUCUUUGGCAGGAGUGGGAGACGUCAGCUUUGACACGGAUUCCCAGUUCCCUCUGGAUGAACUCAAAAUUGACCCUUUAACCUUGGAUGGACUGCACAUGCUGAAUGACCCAGACAUGGUCCUCGCCGACCCCGCCACAGAGGACACGUUCAGGAUGGACCGGCUGUGAAGCGCGGACACCAGGAGCGUGGGAGUGACGCUUGUUCCUGGAGCCCAGCCGAACUAGAGAGUCCGACGGGUCAGUCGUGUCAGAACAGGAGCUGCCGAGAGCAGCAGCUCUGUCCUGUACAACAUGUACAAUGAGUAAAGCUUGUCGUUCUAAGCUUGCAGCGCUGCAGACCCCUACUCCCUGUCGCGCCGUAUUUCACCCCUUACCCGCUCAUUGCCAUUAAUGAGUAAGGAGUUUCCAUCGGCCUUUUCCUCUCCAGAGCCCCCCCUUCCCCCCCCACCAAAGCUCCAGCAUUAAGUUGUCGGUUUAUCCUUUGCACUAGAAAGGGGGUGGUUUUUUGGGCAGGCGAGGGAAAGUUCGGAGCCGAGGGUAAAGAGAUUCUUUCUAACGUACCGAAUUGUUGGCUGCUGUUUGAGCCGGGGAGGGGGAGGCGCCGACUACGCUCCCCUCCCCGCUGAUUCGAAGGCAAAUCUCCGCGUUGCCACCUCUGGGAGGGGCUGGGGGUGGGGGCGCUUCGGCGGUUUUGACUCUGCUUUGUGACAGCUGCUUCGUAGAGUGAAACGCUGCUUCCUUUAUCGAUAUGCCGUGUCUGUUUGCAGGUCUGUCUCCCUGCCUGUCGUCCCGCGCCCGCUGCCUCUUCGCACGCCCUGAGCAAACGCGCGUACUUGGCAAAGCGGAAAAGCAGCCUGGCAGCCCCGCGGCCUUCUGCGGCCGGCUGGUCAGAAAAAAGGCGACUGUAAACACUAUUUUCAAAGCUGUUUUUUUUUUGAAAACAAAUAUAUAUGUAAUAUAUAUAUUUAUAAAUAUAUGUAUACAUAUAUAGAGAGCAUUUCUGAGCACACAAAAAAGUACUAUAAUUCAUUACUUGAUUAGCACGGAGGAAGGAUCAGAGCAUUUUAAAGCAGCUAAAAGACCGUAGGAGACUAACUUGCAGAGCAUAUUUCUAAUUUUACUUUGUGAGAGAUUCCUGGGCAACAGGAAGGGCAUUUCUCUAGCGAUGCCUGGCUCCAACCACGAUGACUAUUUUUAAAUUUUUUUAUUCUUAUUCAUUACUUAUUCUGUUACCAUUAUUUAUGAUCUUUUUGGGUUGUUUUUUUUUUUUAUUUAAGUAUUUGGAUAUUAGGAAAGUAGCUAAACUACAUACAGCCGACUGAAGCACUCUACGUAAUACUUGUACAGUACAUCUUUGUUGUGUUUUUAUUCCAGAAAUAUAUUAUAUAUAUUAUAUAUAUAUAGGUAUUUUUAACUAACUGGAAUUUUAAACAGAUGCUGAGCAGAUAAGGAAGCCUAAGGCAAGUCUAGAUGUUUUCCUUUUAUAUAGUCAAAACAGGGUGGCAGGAACUUAGAUAUUCCUUCUUUCACCCUGGGGAAAAAAUAGCUUGCUCCACAGUGACUAGUACUGUAUCCUCAACCAGGCUGCGAUCCUGGUAAAUCUAGAACAGGCUAUUUCUGUUAGUCCUCGUUGGUAUUCUGUGCUGCGGCAUGACGGACUCGUGAACGACACUUUAUCAAUGGCAGAUUUAAAGGAGGAAAAAAAAAACAAACCAACAAACCCCAAACGCAACCACAAAGCACCCACCGGCCCUGAGCCGGCGGUUUCCCGGGGGUGCCACGGCUGAGUUGGUGGCGGUCCCCAGAUCCCUGCGCUUGGGACUCUCUAUCAAAUCUGCAAAGAGCGUUUAAAGAUUUAUCGAGAGCCCAGCGGGGCCGUAGCAAUUGCCGGGGCACGGUGAAAACGUUGCUCCCGUUACGCUGUGAUCCGCGCAGUGACAGAACCCCCGAGGGCGCGGCCCUUCCCUUCAGCACAAGUUGGGAAUUAACGUUAUUUUGAGUCUUAUUAACAAACUAAAAAUUACGUUGGGCCUAACGCCCCCAGCGCGAGGUGAACCUGCUGGGGCGGCGCGCUCCCGCGCAGCAGGGGGCUGAACACCCGGUCUUGUUUAAUAGCGCCUCAAUAAAAGAGCCCGGUUCCGUUUUCAUUCCGAGACGGGGUUGCGUUUUGCUGACCCCCGCCCCGCUCUGGCAUGCAUCUGCUCCCUCCCGACUCGGUCUGCAUCAGCUGGAUUCGCUUUUUGUCUAAAAACGUGUCCGUUCUUUCUCAGCUGUCGCCACUUCCGAGCAAAACAAACCCCCCUCAGCGCUUCUCCCCGUCCCAUUGCCCUCGGGAGCGGUUCCCCUUGCUGUUCUCGGCAAGCGACGCCGCCGGCCCGCGGAGGAGCUGGCCUGCUCUUAAUGAGUUAUACUAGUUUCUGUGUGCUUCCAGAAAUCGGCGGGACGCCGCCCCGAGAUUCACGCAAACGCUGCUGAGCAGAGCCGUUGUUGGGAUCUCUCUAAUCCGGGUGCGUGUUUGCUCACGUUUGUGCCAUUCGUUGACCAUUUGCACUAAAAACGUCGUGUUUUUUUUUCCUUUUCGAUCCCUCGGCUUCCCCGCGUCUCUCUUGUUCCUUCCCGCGCACCUGAAAGGUCAGCCUGCAUCUUUGUUCAUGGGCUUUGUCCGGAUUUAAGCCCAGCGGUACCUGUUAACUCCCGGUGCCCGCCUGUUCCAGAUCGCUGAUGCUUUUUCGAUUUAAGGAGGGGGGGGAAGGUAGCUUCGAACAGGCCGCCCUGAAAGAACAGGCGUAAUUUGGGCACAGGCGACUCGGAGUCCACAGGUACGGCGCGAGUCGAGUCCGCUUCUUGCGGCUCACGUAGUUCCUCGGUGGGAUUUCUGUCUGGGUCGCGCUCUCGUUGGAAUGACUCUCGUGCAUGUAAAUUCUUGUUUGCGAUCUAUUUUUUUUUUUUUAAAAACCAGAGUCACUUCGGAAGGAAGCGUCCGGGUGGGAGAUGGGAUUCCUCACUGGAGACUUUUACAGGGAGCUGUCGCUAAAUGCUACCUUCUAAUUUUUUUUAAACUACAUGUGUAUAUAAGAGAUCUUGUUUAUUAGACUUGUAAGUAGACAUUUAAAAUGGCCUUAAUUUAAAAAAAAAAAAACAAAAACAACAAAAACAAACCAUGUCUGGAUGCAACUGUCAAAAUUAGGGACCAUCUAGUUGAGAGAAACCCAGGUUUCGUUCCUCUCGCGCGGGGCAAGCGGCGAAGGGCGCUUCGGGAGCGGGAAAGGUGACGCCGGGGAUGCGUCACCCCGCAGGCCCCGGCCGCGGGCGGGCGAAGGCCGCUUCCAGCGCCGACCCUUUGAGAACCGGAGCAGUUACUUCAACAGCUCUUGGCGUUUUGCUUCCCGGAAGGCCGGUUUCCUGACAGCGCCGCGUAGGAGCUGCACGUCGAGAGGGGAAUUUUCUCCCCCUCUCCCCUUAAAAUACACGUUUUUUGUAACGUACGUGUGCAUAAGGCUGACUUGAAAGCAAAACCGAUGUAUUAAGUUGUCAGAUGAAAGCGCGGAGUGGAUCCCCGGUGUUUCCGGAACAAGCAAUCCGAUUUGAUUUGAAAAUUCAGUUUUCAUUUUCGAUGGUGCGUGGCAGGGUGAGAGCGGCCGGCCCUGCCCGCCCGGGGGCGGGCGAGAGCGGAAGGAGCAGCGGCGAGAAAAAAAACCCGAUCGCUUAGCAAAGAAAAAAAAAAACCAACAACAACAAAAAAGAGAAAAACAACCCCAAAAAGCAGUAGUAUUUAUAACUUUUUCAGUUCAAUGACGUUGAAACUGUCUGGUGUCUCAAAGGGUUACCGUCCAAACAUACCUGCUGAGUGAACCCCACCGUGUGUUUUAUAGAGAUAUAUAUAUAUAUAAAAAUAUAUAUAUAUAUUAAAAAGUUCCCGAGCUAGACUGUUGCAUUUGCCAAUACAAUGGGGAAAUAAUAGGAAUAAACCUUCGGUGUAUGAAAUACUGUGAUUUUUCUCAAAAGCGAAGCAGAGCUUUCCUUGCAGCGCGGGAGGGAGGGGUGGGGGGGGGUGGGGGGGCUCCUCUCGCUGUACAUAGCGACCCGCGUCCUCUUCCCGGCGAAUCUGCGCGGGCCGAGGGCGGCGCCGAACCCCGCGGCUCGCUACUGCUUCUGCAUGGCGGCGGACGCUUCGCCAGCGAGCUCUAACUGUGCAAAACCUUUCCUGUACGGAGAACCUUGCCUUUUAUUUUUUUUUUUUCCUCUUUUUUCUGUUUGUUUUUGGUUUUUUCCUGUUGUUUUUUGUUUUUUUUUUUAACGAGGGUUUCCAGAAAGAGGCUGCAAAUUAAUUUAAGCAAUUGUUAAUUAUUUGUCCAUUUCCUUAUUUUUAAUGGAAUUAAUUUUUUUAACAAGCGUGCCUGAGAACCCUGGCGCCAACCCGGGCGACACAAACGCUUACGGCUGAAAAGCGCGAGCUGCCCCUCUGAGUUUGCGUAAAAGCGGCAUCCAAUAACUCACGGAAUCGUUUAAACUUCCCUCGGAAAUAAGGUCUUGGCUGUGCUUGUUCGUAAAAGCUUGGAUUUCUGUAGAAAACAGAAUUAAGGCUUGAGAUCCGUCCCUUAGCGAGCACGGUACUCACCCUGGAAACCCCCCCUGUACACGAAGAAAGAGGGCAGCCCCCUCCUCGUCCCGCAGGUUCCCGACGCCCGCUGUGCUUUCAGGAGAAGGAAAAAAAGCGUUUAUUCCUCUGACAAACGGAAGCCCCGUCACUGUGAUGGCAAUGUGAAAGCGCAGGUAGCGUUUGUUACGUGUCUCUGUUCUUUUUACUAAAACAAAAAAGCAAAAAAAAAAAAAAAAAGGAAGAAAAAAAUUUGUAGUGUUCCUGUUCUUUGUAUUUUUAGUUGCGUAUUAUUUAUACUGCGCAGUGUAGGCAUGGAUUGCAUGUCGGUUUUCUAUGCGGGCACCAUGAUGACAUUAUAACUGUGUAUUAUAAAUCAUUUUUACCUUUUUAAA